AUGCCACGCUUCACCCCCGAGAAUGACGGCACGGGUUUAGCGCGGCAACUGACCGAUCCGCUCGUUGCUCAAUAUGUCUACUCCGUCUUUAUCGCUCUCGCCUGGUGUAAUGCCCUCGAGCUGGUGGUCCUCUGUCUCAAUACUUUCAAGCGCUAUGCCGGUACCUACUUUUGGAGUCUCUUCGUGGCCUCCAUCUCCAUCAUCCCCUUUGGCCUGGGAUAUCUCCUGAAGAUGUUUCACAUCACCUUCACCAAUGGAUACCUCGAGUUAGCCAUCACCGACAUCGGCUGGGUAGGCAUGGUCACCGGUCAAUCGCUCGUCCUCUGGUCACGUUUGCACCUCGUCGUUCACAAUCGCAAGGUGCUCAAAGGCAUUCUCUACCUCAUUAUCAUCGAUGGUGUCCUCCUCCAUACCGCGGCGACCACGCUCGAGUUUAUGAACAAUGGUCUUUACUACAUUCACAACGUGACAGUGGCGUUCGGGAUCAUGGAACGAAUUCAGGUGGUGUGGUUCUGCGUGCAAGAGCUCCUGAUCUCCUCCGUAUACAUUGUGGAGACCGCCAAAUUACUGCGGCUGGACCAGGCAGGGCCGUCACGCACCAUUCUCACGCAACUGAUCAUCGUCAAUGUGACUAUCAUGGUGCUCGAUUUAGUGGUGGUAGCGGUUCAGUUCGCUGGGUUUUUCACCCUGCAGGUCACCACGAAGGUGUUGGUCUAUAGCAUCAAGUUGAAGCUGGAAUAUAUUAUUUUGGGACGACCAACCAAAAUCUCACUCGCCUUAACGCCGAGAAGCUCCGAGCCGCGGGAGUGGGGGCCAUUUCGGUGCUAUAUGUUGCAGUGGACAGCCACAUCUUCUUUUACAACCACACUCAUCCCUGUAGCAAGCGGCGAAUCAUAUGCUCAUCUCACGAUAAUGGCGUCCUUGUUAACCGCUGUCGGCCUCACUCAAGCCCCUUUGUCGGCGCCCAUCCCUAAUUAUGGCCCGGGCUUCCUCAUCUUCCACUUCGCGUUCGCCUAUGGCAUCGUUUCCUCGCGUCCCCUCAAACAGUACUACGGCAUCGACCACCAAGAAUCUCCCCGUCAGGACCUGAACAAGUACGGCGAGGCAGCCGUGCGAGACGGCAAAAUUACCCGGAAGCAGCUCGAAAUGCUCCAGCGCAACGAAGCGGCGCAUGCCAACUCCGUCGAGAACUAUACCCUCUUCGUCGCAGGCAUCACCCUUGCCACCUACGCGGGCGUACCACGAACAACAAUCAAUGCGGCGGGCUUGACGUACACUGUGGCGCGGAUUCUCUAUGCGAUCAAUUAUAUCACUGCGGAACGGCCACGUACCGCUACGUGGCGAGGCCUCUUCUGGUGGGUUGGCAAUCUGAGUUGUCUGACACUGCUGUGGAAGGCUGGGCAGGCUCUCAGUGAGUAG